CGAUUUGCUGCUUCGAGAAUUCCAAUCAAAGUUAUAAAGAUGAGUUUGAAUGUGAAUAAGAAGCUGCGUGGGUCUUCGAUCUAUGCGCUUCAUUUCAUACAAGCCGGGUUCCUGUACACCAGUUUCCAUAAUUUGGCUUACCCUCUUUUUGGUCGAUACUUCAACCUGGCUUCACAUCAGUAUUCAAGCCUGCGAUCGCUCUACUCAUUGGCUUGGGGAUGCAAAAUAUUCUUCAGUUUCUGCAGUGACUCUUUGCCUGUUUUUGGCUACAGAAGAUUGCCUUAUUUGGUCACCGCUCUUUCCGCCAUCUCAAUUAUCCUCCUAAUUUUGAGUCUAAAACCCAUUCCCGAACCCUAUUACGCAAUAGAAUCGGGCGAUAAUUGCACCCAAAAACUAUCCGACCCUCCUCAAAACCCCGAGGCUCCGAACGAAGCAACUUCAUACGUGCUUCUAUUUUUCCUAUGGUACUGGGCGUUAGCCUGUUCCGAUUCGACAAUCGAUGCGCUGAUAACUCAGAGGUCAAAACUCGAACCCGACGAAAAACGAGGCACUUUAAUUUCGUGCGCUCGCAUAUCGCGACAAUUGGGGUCUAUGUUUGCAUACUUAGCAGUCGGAAUUCUAUUCAAUACUGUAAAUUAUGGAGGUAGUUUUUGUGGUUUUGACUUUAAAUUCAACCAUUUCACGUGGAUUUUAUUUGUGUUUACAAUUGUCGGUCUUAUUUAUGCUUUGAUGUUUACUAACGAGAAAGAUAUUGACAAGGAGAAAGAAAAAAUUGAGGUGAAACGGAAGUUGGCCGAGCUGUGGUCUCUUUUUCACAAAUGGUACUAUUUGAAGCUCCUCAUAUUUGCAGUGUACAUUUCUCUGAUUUCGAGCAUAAGGAGCCCCGCUAUUCUGAAAAUUCAAAUCCAUUGGGCACAAGUGAACCCGAUUACCAUUGGGUUUGUUCAUGUUGUCGGCGGUCUUAUCGCAAGUGGCGGAAUGAUCAUUUACCUCAAGUUUUUCCUCGCCUCUAAUUGGCGCAAAAUACUCGCCGUAGUAACAAUAUUCGAAGUUUUCACAGAAUUACCAGUUGUCACAAUGACGAUAUUUGACGUGAUUCGAAAUCAGUACUUUUGGUUCGUCGACGACUUGGUAUACUCGUUGACUCGCUUUUGGUUUGAUUACGUCAUGGAGCUCGUAAUUGUCGAGUAUGCUCCGAACGGAAUCGAAGGUAUCUCGUACGCACUCGUUUGGGCUUUCUAUACAAUCGGCCAAUCGACCGGGUCGGCUAUUUCGAACUUCAUAAUGAGUCCAUUUUGCUUGACCUCGGAUGAAAGAUACUUACGCGAUUCAAGCGAAGAUAAACUUGCUUCUUGGAUAAGCUAUCUUCUUUCGGUUUUAGUCCAUCUCUCAACUCUAAUUGUACUAUUUUUGGUCCCGAAACAGAAAACGCAAGCUCUUGAAUGGAAAGAAAAGUCUCUUAAGGUGGAAACACGGAAUUCUUGGAAUGCGCUAAUUUUUGUCUGCUUAUGCGUUUGUGGGCUAAUUGGAUCUUCUGCUUUAAAUCUGAUGACUAUGUUUGAGUCCACGAGGUGUCUAAUGAUUGCUGGUGGCCCAGGAUGUGCAUCAAAUGACCAAUUCGACGAAAACUCAAAUUGCAUAUUGUAUUGAUUUCA